UCGUCAUUCCGUUGUGUGAAAUUUCAACAAUUAAUAUGCAACUUUCAGGUUCUAUUUUCAAUACUACACACAAAAAUAUGAUCAUUCAAAAGUGUAAAAGCGUUUUAAGCAGUACAAGCCAUGGACGCAAAAGGUUCAUUGAAGCAAAUCCUUGCGGCGCAUGCGAUGAUAAAGAUAAAAUACGAUUAAAGCUUGCUAAUAUAUUUAUUCUUUGUACUUUGGUCAGACGGAGCUUUCUGCAGUCUGUACCUACUUUUGAGUUUUUCAUUAGCGUCCCGAACUAGUACUUUUAAAUAUAGUCAUGGCAGAUGUCAGCAAAACUGAGAAGGUUCGAUUGCAUGUCCCAGAUUUGGAGGAACUGCGUGCAGUAUUACAAACAGGGCUGGAAGACAACUUUGCAGAAGUGAAGGUGAGUGUUGUGGAAUGUCCCGAUCUCACGAAGGAGCCGUUCAACUUUCCUGUUCAAGGGUUGUGUGGAAGUCCCAGAGUCACAGAUGUGGGAGGAGUACCUUACUUGGUCCCCCUGGUUCAACAGCACAAGGAAUAUAACAUGAAUGUUAUAUCAAAGGAGCUGGAACUACCGGGAGCUUUUAUCAUUGGGGCGGGGGCCGUUCCCUCAAGGAUUGUGGGGAUGAACGCUGAGUUGAUGCCACUGGUUCUGACUGAAGUCGAUGGAAGGCCUGCAGUGAACAGCAGCUACUUCUCCUCCAUCAAUCCAGCUGACGGACAGUGUUUACAAGAAAAAUACAGUGACAAAUUCUCUGACUGCAACUUUGGACUGCUGGGGAAUCUUUAUGCUUGUGAGGGGAGGCCAGGAAAGGUCAUUGAGGUACAGGCCAAAAAGAGAACGGGAGAUCACAGUAUUGUGACGGGUUUGAGAAAGACUCUGGAGAUUCAAUACCCCGAUAAAAGUCUGGCUUUGGGUGGUACCUUCAUUAUACAGAGAGGGAAAGCUAAAAUCCAUAUCAUGCCGAGAGAGUUCUCUGUCUGUCCACUCAAUUCAGACGAAGAGGUCAACAGCUGGCUCAAACAUUUUGAGGUGAACGCUCCACUCAUCUGCCAGUCGGUUCUUGUGUCCAAAGAUCCUGGUCUAGACCUGCGCCUGGAGCACACCCACUGCUUCAGCCACCAUGGAGAAGGUGGCCACUACUACAUAGAUACCACACCUGAUAGCGUGGAGUAUUUGGGCUACUUUGUCCCGGCAGAGUUCAUUUACCGCAUUGACCGGCCCAAGGAGACUCAUAUGGUUGGAAGAGACUGAGCAAGCGAAUGCACAAUGUGCUGGAGCUAUUCUCAGUACCAUUUCAAAUAUUAACUCUGCACCACCAAUUGCAGUUUUUGUGAAAGUUGAAUCUUUGAAUUUUUGUGCUGAAUAUCAAUGUAUUUGUAGAAUUGAAUUUGACACGAUGAUUGCACUUUUUCCAUCUGGAUUGUUUUUUUUUAUAUUGGAUUAUGGAAAUUAUUUUUAUUAUUAUGCAUGUUGACAAAUUUUGCCAGCCGUCACCAAAUGACUGAUUUAAAAAUUAAUAUGUUUUUAAGGUCUUGAAUAUUUCAUGUUGCUUGUGGUGGUAUAUUAAGCAAAACAAUUUAAAAAAAAAAAAAAACUCAGUCCAAGUACUCGUGAAGUUAAUAUUAGAAAAACAUAGUGGCACACAACCAAACAAAAAUGUCAAAGUUAUGGAUACUGAAUAAAUACAUUCUAGUUAUAACAAUUAUAUGACUAUAAUGAUUUUUUUUUUUAGUUUAUAUAUUUUAGGAAAAACAAGAUCCAUAUCCAGUCAGUUAUAUGAAUGUCUUGUUUAUGACACUUCAAUAUACAUGACACAUUAGAAAAAGGGAACAUAUUUACAUCUCCAGCUGUGGUGUGGUCGCAGAUUCUAUUAAAUUGGGAAAUCUGCUGAAAUGACCAAAUAGUUUGCACAUACUCUUUCAAGAAUUGCUCAACAUGAAGAAGAAUGUGAAGGUGUCCAUUUUCCCCUUACUCUUCACUCUCAACAUGACCAAGGUUUGCACAAUCAUUGACUAACAAUAAAAAUA